GGCAGCCAGGGCGCUGCGGGGAGGGGAUGGCGCUGUGAGAGGGGCCGGCGGGCGGACCGACCGACAGACAGACGGACGGACAGACAGACAGACACCGACGGACGGACGGACGGACAGACCGACCGACAGCGGGGCCGCGAGGCCGGCAGCACCGCCAGGGGAAGGCCCCCCCCUCCCCUCCCCUCCCCCCCCCCCCCCCCCCCCCCUCCGGCGAGGGGCCGCGGUUGAUGAGGCAGGGCUCGCCCCGAGCCGCCUGAGCGCCGGGAGAGGCCGAGGAGGAGGAGGAGGAGGAAGAGGAGCAGCAGCAGCAGCCGGGCAGAGGGCGGCGGGGCGCAGCCGCAGCGGGAGACCAUGUCCGGGCGGCCCAGGACCACGUCCUUCGCGGAGAGCUGCAAGCCGGUGCAGCAGCCCUCGGCCUUCGGCAGCAUGAAAGUCAGCCGAGACAAAGAUGGCAGCAAAGUGACUACAGUAGUGGCAACUCCUGGGCAAGGUCCAGACCGACCACAAGAAGUUAGCUACACAGACACCAAGGUGAUUGGAAAUGGAUCUUUUGGUGUUGUGUAUCAAGCCAAACUUUGUGAUUCGGGAGAGCUUGUGGCCAUUAAGAAAGUCCUGCAGGAUAAAAGAUUUAAGAACCGAGAGCUCCAGAUUAUGAGAAAGCUGGAUCAUUGUAACAUUGUCCGAUUGCGUUAUUUCUUCUACUCCAGUGGUGAGAAGAAAGAUGAGGUGUACCUCAACUUGGUGCUGGACUAUGUUCCUGAAACAGUAUACAGAGUUGCCAGACAUUAUAGUCGGGCCAAACAGACACUCCCUAUGAUUUAUGUCAAGUUGUACAUGUAUCAGCUGUUCCGGAGUUUAGCCUAUAUCCAUUCCUUUGGGAUCUGCCACCGGGAUAUAAAACCACAGAACCUCUUGCUGGACCCUGAUACAGCUGUCCUAAAACUCUGCGACUUCGGAAGUGCAAAACAGCUGGUUCGUGGAGAACCUAAUGUCUCAUACAUCUGCUCUCGGUACUACAGGGCACCAGAGUUGAUCUUUGGAGCCACCGAUUAUACCUCCAGUAUAGAUGUGUGGUCAGCAGGCUGUGUAUUGGCUGAACUGUUACUAGGACAACCAAUCUUUCCAGGUGACAGUGGUGUGGAUCAGUUGGUGGAAAUAAUCAAGGUUCUGGGAACGCCUACAAGGGAGCAAAUUAGAGAAAUGAAUCCAAACUAUACUGAAUUCAAAUUCCCUCAGAUUAAGGCACAUCCAUGGACUAAGGUCUUCCGGCCCCGCACUCCACCAGAAGCGAUUGCGCUAUGUAGCCGCCUGUUGGAGUACACCCCCACUGCCCGCCUGACUCCCCUGGAGGCCUGUGCACACUCUUUCUUUGAUGAACUACGGGACCCAAAUGUCAAGUUACCAAAUGGGCGAGAUAAACCUGCACUCUUCAAUUUCACCACUCAAGAACUGUCAAGUAACCCAUCUCUGGCUUCGAUCCUCAUCCCUGCUCAUGCUCGGAACCAAGCAGCAGCUUCAACCCCUACAAACGCUACAGCAGCCUCAGAUGUUAAUGCAGGAGAACGAGUUCAGACCAAUAGUGUAGCUACAGCAUCAGCCUCCAACUCCACCUGAACCGGUACCAAGCAGCCAGCUGCACAGGAAAAAUCACCAGUAAUUUGAGUCUUGCUCAGCAACACUGGUCACAUUUGGAAAGAAAAUUAAAAAGAGGAAAAAAAAACAACCAACCAACCAACCUGUUCAUUUUAGUGUUCAAUUUUUUAUUAUUAUUAUUGUUGUUCUUAUUUAACCUUGUAAAAUAUCUAUAAAUACAAACCAGUUUCAUUGUAUUCUCACUCUGCAGGGUGUCCGGGGCAGGGGACUAGGUGGGGGGAGGAGGGAAAGUGGAGCAAUACAACACACCAAUGUCUCUCCCCUCGACAAUCUCUUCAUGUUGGAAGUUUGCUGUUGUGUACUUCAGAACCAGGACUCUUGCCUCAUGCCCUCUCCCACAACGGAAAGAAGGAAAAACAAAACAAAAAAAAAGAACCCCCAAACCUCAUUCUCUGCUGAAGUUCUUUUUUUUUAACCUCUUUUUUUAUUUUCUUUUUAAGUGAAGUUUCGGACUUUGAUGUAGUGCACAGCUUGAAUUUGGUCGGGAGCUUAGCAGGGGUAAUUCAACAGAGCUCAGCGUUUCGUGUCAGCGAAUCCAUAUCCCGGGCUGUCCGAAGAGCUGCCCCCGGCUUGGCUCGACGUGGGGCGCGGGCGGCGCGGUAGGAAAUAGGUUGCCUAGGGGUCGGGGGGGAGGGUUUACCGUGUGUCUACGGCUUGAACUGCUAGUGGCAGACUUUCCUUUUAAAAAUCAGUGCUAGCAACGAAGACACCCGCAGCUUCGUUGCGGGACGAGGCUGCUGGGCGGGUUAUAUAUAAUAUAAUACACACACAUGCGCGAACACAAGCGGUUGGCUUUGCUGCAGCGGCUCGGCUGCCCAGACGGAGCUCGGAGCUCCUGCCCCUGGCGUGGUGCAAGAGGGCAGGUGGCGGCUCGGCUCCCGUUUGGGCAGGGAGGAGCGGGCGAACAAAGCCCUCCGAGGGGACGAGGGCGCCCAGCUGGGGGUGGUAAGGGACUCUUUGGAAAGUGGCCACUGUGAAAAGCGUUUUUUCCAAGUCUCUCAAUUUGGACAGGCUUCCCUUUCCCGAGAUACGUACAGGAAAAGGACACCAGGGUUUAUAAUGUGAACUGUAACAGUCUACUGGUUUAUUUUGUAAUAUUUUUUAACUGCAGCUUUAACUUGCAGGAUGCCACAUGCUAUGGUAGCUCUGAUUUUAAAUCCACAGCUAGAAUCUGUAUUUAAAUUUCAUCUUUUUAACCUCUUGCUUUUUUGAUCUCUAUUUAUUGAUGCGCGUUGCCACAUUGCCAUUAUGUUUUUACAUUGGUAGAGUAUUAAUAAAAUACACAUCAGAGUGCUAUCAACA